AUGACAAUCACUCCUGAUGAGGCGAACAAGAUUACAGGGCUUAAAGUGAGGGGUGGGAGCGUGGAUGCUGACUAUUAUGAUAUGAGUUUGGAGGAACUAUAUAAGUUGUUCAAUGAAUGUUUUGGUUGGGAUGAUUACAAGACUGAACUUGAGUUUUGUCGUUCCGUUAAAGAUUGGCCAAGAAGGGACAAUUUCGGUGGAGGGAUAGGUCAUUACAUUACUAACUUAAAAAAGGAAUUUGGGAACACAAGUGAGAAAGUAGAGAAGGGGGAGUUGGUAAUGGACGAGAUUAAAGUGAAGCAAACCGGAACCACCUACUUGCUUUAUACUCUUGGAAGAGAUAUCUUCCUCAACCUAACUGGAAAUAAGGUGAAUGCCAAUUAUCUCAUAUUGGUAAAGGAUCUUGCUACCGUUAACAAGUACGCUUGGGGAACCACUGCUCUAGCUUACCUUCUCGAACAACUUGCGACCGCCUCUAGGUUAGCAAGUACAUACAUUGGAGGAAACUUCACUAUGCUUAAGGUGUGGGUAUAUGACCAUUUCUCGAUUUUGGAAUUGGCCAAAAAACUUGAAAAAUAUGUAAAUUGGGUUGAUACACUUCUAACAGCGGCACGAUACAAGUUUGAGGACGAGAUGAAAAGGAAUAAUGAGCAGUUGGUGACAAGGUUGAGAGAGAAGUUAAACUCUUUGAAUCUUCAUGACGUUGAUUUUGAUCCAUAUUCGCCGAAAACCUGGAAGAAGAAGAUGAAAUUGUUCAAGAUAAAGAGAUGA